CAACGAAGUGUGCGCCGACUGCAGCGCCUCAGAUCCUGGUUGGGCAUCGAUUAACCGUGGCGUUCUAGUUUGCGAUGAAUGUUGCAGUGUUCAUCGAAGCCUUGGUCGGCACAUUUCGAUGGUGAAACAUCUCCGGCACAGCUCAUGGUCUCCAACUCUCUUACACAUGGUGCAGACCUUAGCAAGUAAUGGAGCCAACUCCAUCUGGGAACACUCAUUACUUGAUCCAGCCCAAGUGCAAAGUGGACGACGUAAACCAAACCCUCAGGAUAAAGUGCACCCCACCAAGGCAGAGUUCAUACGAGCCAAGUAUCAGAUGUUGGCAUUUGUCCACAAAUUGCCUUGUCGUGAUGAUGAUGGUGUUACCACAAAGGACCUGAGUAAGCAACUGCACUCCAGUGUGCGUACGGGGAAUCUGGAGACAUGUCUCCGGCUGCUGUCCCUGGGAGCACAGGCCAACUUCUUUCACCCGUAUCUGGAUCUUAGAGGAGAAAGAACAGUAAAAUUGACACAAUACUUUCAUGAAAAAGGUACCACGCCCUUGCACGUGGCUGCUAAAGCAGGACAAAUACAUCAGGCUGAACUUUUAGUUGUCUAUGGUGCAGAUCCUGGAGCACCUGAUGUUAAUGGCAGAAGUCCCAUUGAUUAUGCCAGGCAAGCAAAUCACCAUGAUCUCGCUGACAGGCUGGUGGAGUGUCAAUAUGAACUUACAGAUAGAUUGGCAUAUUACCUUUGUGGACGGAGGCCAGAUCACAAAAAUGGGCAUUAUGUCAUUCCCCAGAUGGCUGACAGAACACGGCAAAAAUGCAUGACUCAGAGUAGUUUGGACUUGUCAGAACUGGCUAAGGCUGCCAAAAAGAAACUUCAAGCACUGAAUAAUCGCCUUUUUGAAGAACUUGCAAUGGAUGUUUACGACGAAGUUGACCGACGUGAGAAUGAUGCAGUGUGGCUGGCCACCCAGAAUCAUAGCACAUUAGUGACUGAACGUAGUGCUGUUCCUUUUCUUCCAGUGAAUCCAGAAUAUUCUGCAACCAGGAACCAGGGUCGACAAAAACUUGCUAGGUUUAAUGCCCGUGAGUUUGCAACCCUGAUUAUCGACAUUCUGAGUGAUGCAAAGAGGAGGCAACAUGGAAAAACAUUAGGUAGUCCAACAGAAAAUAUUGACUAUCUUCUGCGAAACCAAAAUGAUCGCCCUGACAGCGACUUUGGUGAUGAUCAGCAUGAUUAUGAUAGUGUAGCUUCUGAUGAGGAUACAGACGCUGAUGUACCGCGAAACGCAUCAUCGGGCAGAAACAACCGAGCAAAGAGCAUGGAUUCAUCCGAUUUAUCAGAUGGCCCCAUAACACUGCAGGAGUAUUUGGAGGUGAAGAAAGCUUUGGCUGCUUCUGAGGCGAAGGUUCAGCAGCUAAUGAAAGUAAACAACAAUCUAAGUGAGGAACUGCGUAGACUUCAAAUGCAGAUUAACAAACUGCAGACAGAAAAUGCACAAAUGAAACAACAAACACCUAGUCUGCAUCCGUCACCAACUACCAGUGACCGACAGGACCUUGCUCCCCAUGCAAGCACAAGUAGACGUGAUCGGCAAGCUGUAUCCAUGUACGAAACCAGAUCUGGACAGAAAUCUUUUGGACAGGCUGCUGAUGACAUUACUACAAGACUUCAGUCUUUAGAUUGCAAUAUUCGCAGGGGUGUCUCCGUGACCUCUGUACCCUUUCCCUUCUCUCCGCUGCACUCCUGUUCACAGGACUGCGGCAGAUCCGUGGUUAAGUACCAUCUCAGUUGGGCUCAAGUAUCCAAACUGGACAAACGUGGUAGUGGAACAGACAGUGACUAUGACAAUACCCAGACAAGUGAGCUGCCACUAGGAAUCGCUGAUGGGAAGAUGGGAAGGGAUGAUGACUUCCACCUAGAAUAUGAUGAACAUGAGGGAGAAUUAGAUCCAAGCCUUCCCAGUACAGAGGAUGUAAUCCUUAAAACAGAGCAGGUCACGAAAAACAUCCAGGAGCUUCUUCGAGCUGCCCAGGAGUGUAAACAUGAAAGUUUUGUUCCAUGUUCUGAAAAGAUUCACUCCGCAGUCACUGAAAUGGCUUCUCUCUUUCCAAAGAAGCCUGCCCUGGACACAGUCCGAUGCUCUUUGAGGUUGCUAAAUGCGAGUGCCUUCCGAUUGCAAUGUGAGUGCAGGAAAACCAUUCCGCCAGAGCCUGGUGCACCGGUUGACAUCCAGUUGCUCACGCAGCAAGUCAUCCAGUGUGCCUACGAUAUUGCUAAGGCCGCCAAGCAACUGGUUACCAUAACAACCCGUGAGAAAAAACAAUGAUAAAACACUUCGUUCACAUUCCGUUUUUGGAGUACAUUUGGGAGAUUAAAACAUGCAACUUUCUUCGAAAGCAAACUGAAAUCCCUGUAAAUAUUCUGAUUCAAGUAACAUGGAUCUUUUUUCUGCCAUAGAUUAUUUCGGCUUUCAGGAUAGAUGAAAGUUUAAACUUCCAAUUUUGUGGUAGAACUCGCCAAUAAUAGUUAAUCAGAAUUGUUACCACUGUAUAUUGACGCGGCCAUAACAAAAAGUCGCAUUGUGGUGAUAGCCGAUAUUCUUCGACUUCUGAUGUUUCAGCAAGAUGUGAAUAUUUACUUGAUCGUCGGGUUAUGUUACACUGGAAUUUUUGACUCUUCUACAAAUAAGUUGUUUUGCAAAAGUACCAAGUCUUACAUUAUUGGUGAACACUAUGAUGUGAAAUUUCAGUGCCACAAAGGCUUCAUGCAUUCAGUAAUUGUUAUAUGAAAAAGAACUGCAAGUAAAGCCACUUGAAAAUUGCUGAUAGUUCUUGUAUGUGACCACCUGAGUUUAAUACGGAUUGUCAGUGGGUUAUUCACUGAUUCAUUUUGCCAUCACCAGAGGCUGAAGAACAAUAGAUGUUCUGAAAACCAUUAGAAAAAAUACAAGUAGUGGGGUGCCUUUUUUGUAUAGAAUACUGUGAACCUGUGACUGUAACUGGCAACCAUCAGUACCAUUGCAUCUUUGUGCAUUGUGUGCCUUAUAACAGUUGAAUCUUGUUAAACAGUUGCAUCCCAUUAUAAUGUAGUCUUCACGCUUUGCUUUAGUAGUGCCCAUUUUUCACAUUGAACAGUUCGAGGAUAAUGACUUUGUGUAGUGUGCAAUUUUUAUUGAUAGUUUACUAAAGUACAGUUACUGUACAAUAAUUGAGAAUGCUAUUUGACUGUAGCUAAUGGUUGUGUUGGGCGUUCUCCAUUGUUUAAAAAUUUAAACAUGGUCCUCUAAUAUCCAGCGUAUGUCAAAAUUUUCUUGGGCUGUAUUAAAGUGACUGAUGCGUGCAGCAACAGUCCUUCAGCACAUGGCUUCAUAUUACCUUUGGGCACAGAAUGUUGGGGGCAUUUUCAGUUUCCAGCAUUCUUUAUUGUUUCAGCCUUCUGAAGAUCAUCAUCCCUAAAGUGAGUAGAGAAGAUGGGCCAUUACUGUACAAGACUUGAACCUGAUUUUUUUGACACUUGUUCCGAUUAUUGGAGUAAGAUGAUCCAUUGUUUCAUUUUAUUUAUAGAAAUUAAAUGGCCAUCUAUUUGUUUCCUGGGAAAAAAUAUUUCACAAGGAAUAAACAGCACCUCCAGCAUUUGUCUUGCACUAGCUUGGCAUUUGAUACUGUACAGUGAAAGGGGAACUGGAUAGUAACUGCAAAAGUUUUAAUUGCUGAAUAAUUUGGGGAAUGCAGGCUUGUGAAUUGUUGUUAAUUAAUAACUUCAGCACCCUUAUGUUAACUUUAUUGCCAUUUAUUUUGCAAGCUGUGGGGCUUGGUGUAGUGGGAAAAUUACCAAUAAGAAAAUUUUAAAAGCAAAGUAGUUAAAGUUACAAUGUUUAUUUUGUGAACUGAACAAAAAUCAUGUUUUGAAGACAAAAUGUCAAUGAAAAUUGAUCUAUUCCAGUAUAGGGAGAUGGAAGUCAGAUUGUGAUGCUACAUUGCAAUUUAUUUCAAAUGCUGGAAAAUUGAUUGAAAGGAAUGGUACUUGGGGAAGGAUUCUGUAGAUUGAAAGAAAUUUGGACAAAUGAGAUUCUUCUAGUAUGAGGUAUGCACAACUUGCACAGCUUUUGAAAAAAUGUUUCAAGCCUUAACUGAUGUUCUGGGCAUACAGUAUUGGGGUGCUGUUUGUAUAUAAAAUAUAAGUAAAUGUGCAUAGUUUAAUAAUGUUAAACAAAAAGACUGUUUAUCAUUCUAAUCUUACAAGUCAAUGAUGUAACUGGAGUAAUCAAAACCACUACGUUCAUGGCACUGGGCAGAUUCAGUCAUUGAAUUCAGCUUAUCCCAAGUGUAAGAGACAAAGUCCUUUGUUAAACGAACAUGGACGCAUUGUAAAUCUUUUUACUUGUUCUUUAUUUGAUAAAAUGCUCAUCAAAGUACUGACUGAUGUGCUGACAUUGUAAAAUGUGUUGAUUUUUUUUUCAUACAUUCAUUGAAACACUAUGAUAUGCUACAAAAAUGUUGAUUCAUUGGAAAAAAUAUCAAAUUUUGAAAUAGGUUUUGCAAGGCAAAUUACAGGCAGGGACUGUAUACAGUACAGUCAGAGGGAAUUAAAUGUUUUUUUUCUCUGUACCUUUUCAAAUGUCUAGUUAAUUUGACAUAAUGCAAUAGUAUUUAGACAGUGACCAAAGGCAUUUAUAAAGAACUGUUUAGAAUGACCAGGGAUGGUAUUAAAUUACACAUUAAAUGGCAAGGUUCAUUUUCGUGUGACAGCUUUUUGUUAGUUUGUGUGAAAUACACUGCCAGAAAUUUUGCAAAUAGCAAAGAAAAAGAUCAAAUGCUAUAGCCUCUCAAAUACUUUUCAUUGCCCUUUUGAAACUCUCUUAAUUUGUAAUGCUGCUAUGGACAGCUGACAUUUUGUACAGCAUUAUCUUCAAACCAAUCAGUUUCUUUGUAAUUCUGUAAGGAUGAAAUCUUGUUUACAACAAAAGUCAUGAAAUGCUGAAUUUUGACAUGAAAGUUUCAUAUAAACUUUUGGCUUUAUUCCAGAAUGUUAGGAUUUAAAAUUCAUUAACCCAUUCUGUUAAUUUGUUUUUGUAAAAAGGGUAAAAUAUUACUAUCAAGUUGUAAAAUAGGCAGUUAACACUAGUGGAAGAAACAAAUUUUGCAUCUAAUUUGUAAGCACCACACACCCUCUGGUGCAUCCAUUGCUGAAUAAGUCCACCCUCUCCAGUCACAUCUCGGCAUCAUAAAUUUUCAUUGUCACAGUCUCCAGAUUGGAUUAAGUAACAUAGAUUCACUUGUUCCUUGUUGAACUGGGACGCUAUGCAAGUAGUAAGUUGCCAGUAUUGCAUCCACCACUACAGACUACACAGGCAAACUUUAAUCAUCCAGGCUAAGAUUGUAGUGAAGUACAGAUGAGUCAGACUUUGACUGAAGCUGCAAAUAUCAAAGCAACCUCUCUUCAAAAAAAAACAAAUCUUCUGUAAACUAACAAAAUCAAAACCUAUUUAAAAUAGGUUAAAUAUAGUUUCUUGUCAUUGAUGUCAUUCACUCAUUUCCUUUGACCUGUCUAGUAUUGAUGCAUUAUGCCUGCAGGGAUAUGUGAAAUUUGUCUGUUGUUCAGAUGAAUAACUCUGCAACCUUUUAGAUAAGAUUUGAAUCAUAUGCAGCAAAACUCUUUAUCUCACUGAGGAAAGUAGUGAUUUAAUAUACUCACUGACAUCACUUUACAAGGAUUUGCAGUAGCUCCGAAUCUAGGCAAACUCCAAGAGCAUACAAAUUUCACUCAGCAAAGAUAUAUUUUGUAAAGGAAGCAAGCUAACAACAUAAUGCGAUUUGUAGGUUCAAAUAGUAACUAAUAACUCAUACAUAUUGUACGAAAUUUCCAUUUCACACUAACUGAGCUGAUUCACUGUAUUUCUGCCUUGGAAUUCCCUCCCCUAAUCCCACAGCUAACACUUUUUAUUGGGGGUGGGUGGGGAAGUGGGGUUGCAGGGCAUGUGACGUGAGGGUACUGCCUGGAAGGGUUGGACAAAGAUUGAACAGUAGAUUCAAUAUUGUAUCUGAAUUCUGGGAAUGAAGAAUGUAUUAAUUAAGUUAUACACAUUCAAGUACAACUUGUGGUUAAGACAAUCUGUAAUCCUGGAAAAAAAUAACACAUUUUCUCAAUGCUGUAAUAGCUGGAUUGCCAUAAAGGGUAUUCAAAUGAGACCAGUGAUUACAUCAGAAGGCAUCUAAAGGGAAUGUGUGCUGUAUUAAUAUUGAUCAUUCAUCAAUGUUUUACAUGUAAGCCUGUUUUAUAAUCAGUAUUUCAUCUUGACAAUGGUAUGAGAAAAGUAUAUACCAAUGGAUUGAGUUUCCAUAUAAUUUCUUUCAAGUUACUUUCAAGUAACAUACAGGAACAUCAUGGAGGUGGUUAAUUCCUACUUGUAAUAUUGCAGCACAUGUUUCUGAGGCACUGGGACUCUAUCAAUAACAAUUUUAAAGUAUAAUUUUACAUUUACCAAAACAAGGUUGUAUAUAUUUUGAAAGAAAUCAAUACCUUAGUGAGUUCAGUUACAGUCUAAUCCUCUGGGUUCAGAUGUUUAUACACUGUAUUCCGCACAGUUUUAGAAUGCCUUUUGAAGUGACCCCUUUGGGGUCCAGCUUUGUAACCCAUUCUCAUUUUAUAUAUUCUAUGACUAAUCCCCAGUGUGUGGUACAAAAUGUUUUUUUUCUUAAAUCCAAAUGUCUGAUAUCUCAAACAAUUGGUAUUAAGCAUGCACUUUUGGACAGUUGAGUGCUAAAAGUUAUAUUUAACAAGGACAGUCACUGACCUGCUUAUUGUUUAUGUUGUGCAAUGAAUGCUAAUUGUAACUAAUUCCAUUUAGAAAUGCACUCUUAUUGUAGCUGGUAGUAGGAAUGUGGUGGUGGGCUUCCUUGUAAACUCAUCUAUUGUACAUUUGUAUUGAAAUAAAUAUAUUCUGUUGUGCACAA